UCACUUCCUAAACAAAUUUUUUCCCACCUGUUGGAGUUAAAGUCUGGACAUCUAUUCUACAAUUUUAUUUUAACCACCCCAUAAAUUUUUGUAAUUAAUGCAAAUGGAAAUUUUCUUUUUUGUUUCACGUGGUAAAGCACCGCUUUGGAUCAGAAAAAUGUCCCGGAGAAGAAGCAGAAGCACAUCUAGAGAUCGCAGAAUGCGUGAUGACCGCGGUGCAGGUAACAAGACUGACAGCACCGAUCCUCGAGAUCUUGAAAGGCGCAUUUUUGUUGGGAAUUUGCCCACAGACUCCAUGGUCAGAAAGGAUUUGGAAGAUAUAUUCCUUAAGUACGGCAAGAUAAAUGCUUUGUCUAUACACCAUGGAUUUGGGUUUGUGCAGUUUGACCGUAUUGAGGAUGCUAAAGCUUCCGUGCAAGGAGAGAACGGGCGAAUGUGUAGAGGGUACAGAUUAGAUGUUAAUAUGGCAGCUGAACGAAGAAAUUCGAAUAAACCUGCACGGAGACCCAGUCCUCCGAGAAGAGAUCCAUUUGGUUUUGGUGAUGAACGUGAUGUAAGGCGAGAUCGUUCUCCACUCAGGCCUCCCAGAGACGAACGCGAUGCAAGAGACUCUGUUUAUGACCGGUACAGGGAUGUCAGAGAUCCCAGAGAACAAGUUUACAGGCGAGACGAAGUAUAUGAUAGAUACUAUCGCUAUGAUGAUGUUAUGCGGAGAAAAGAAGAGCCGUAUAUGGACAGAUUCAGGGAGCAGUGGGAAUCCAGGGGACCUCGGGAGGUUGAUGAUCCUAUGAGAAGAGAACGUCGAAGAGAAGAACUGUAUCGACAGUACUUUGAUGAAAUCCAGAGACGCUAUGAUGCAGAAAGACCUGUGGAUUGUUCAGUUAUUGUGGUCAACAAGCAGCAAAAGGAUUAUGCUGAAUCUGUUGGAAGAAAGGUCCGUGACCUGGGAAUGGUGGUGGAUCUGAUAUUCCUGAAUACAGAAGUAUCACUUACUCAAGCCCUUGAAGAUGUCAGCAGAGGAGGAACAGCAUUUGCUAUAGUAAUUACCCAACAGCAUGAAAUCCACAGAUCAUGUACUGUUAAUAUUCUGUUUGGAACGCCACAAGAGCAUCGUAAUAUGCCAAUGGCUGAUGCCAUGAUGUUGGUUGCCCGAAACUUUGAGCGCUACAGGAGUGAAACACGUGAAAAAGAACGUGAAGAAAUUGCAAGAAAAGCAUCUAAAAUGGCAGAUGAUGUGAUUAUGCGUGAACGGGAGCCACCCCAGUCACAAAACACCAUGGAAGAUAGAGGAAACCCACCUAGCCUCCAACCACUAUUGAACUUGCUUGCUGAUGGACGGUACCUUUCUGUGGAGGAGAUGGAUAAGAUAAUACAAUACCUGAGAGACAAGAAAGAGAGAUUCAUCCGCGGCGGAGACUCCAUGCAUGGAUCUAUUCAUAAUCCGGCACCAAUACCAAGGCCAUCUAUGGGUCCAGCAGGAUUGAAUCCACUUGAUGCUCGUGCCCAGCAGUCACUGCCGACUAAUCAGCCUCUGAAGGGCGGACCACAGGACACACAAGCAGCACAGCAGCAAGAGCUACAAGCCAAGAUACUCAGCCUCUUUAACAGUGGAACAUCUGGCUCAAAUACGAAUGCUGUAGGAGCACCAGUCCAGGCCUAUGGCAGUGCACUCAAUACCCAGCCUCAAAGAGUUCCCCAGAUUCCCCUCAAUAACUCGUAUCUAUCUCAACCACAGCAGCGAGUGGCAGGGCCUAAUUCACAACUUCCACCAUUAAUGGGCCCAGUAGUUGCACCAAGAGCAACUACUAUUCGCUCUCCACUUCCUCAAACCCAAGUCCUCUAUUCCCAGCAACAACCCCGAGGGCCAAACCCCACUCAGCCAAGUGUUUUGUCACAAGGCCAGAGAUCUGGUGUUGCAACAGGUAUAAACUUUGAUAACCCCAGCGUGCAGAAAGCAUUGGAUACCCUGAUUCAGAGUGGACCAUCUCUAUCCCACUUGGUGAACCAGGCUUCUACCCAGUUACCACGUCCUGGGCAGCCCAUGAACCAACCUCCUAUGGCUGCUUAUCAGCGUCAUUAUUGAGCUGGGAAAAGAUGCCAUUUAUGGAAGAGCUGUCGGCACUCGCUGAACCCCUUUAAGGCCGCUUGGGUAUCAUAAACAAAUGCAGGUUUUUGGAAAGAGUGGAUUAUUGAACCGCAUUGGCUGUUGUGUUUUGUCAAGUAUAUGUAAAAGAGGUCAGAUAAAAUGUUUAAAAAAUGACCAGGUAAUUUACCUUUUUAUACAACACUCAAUUUUGUAUAUAGACAGCCUGCAUUUGUUUGUGAGCAAGGCCUUAAUUGCAGACACUUGGUUUAUGUUGACGUGUUAAGCUUUUUUAAACAAAAAACCUUGAUACGUUAACCAGAUGAUUCUGUGUAUUAAAGCAUGAAGCUGCAGACUUAAAUCCAGUCUUUUUAAAUGGAUAUUUCUAAAAAAAAUUAAUUGAAAUCCACGAUAAAGUGUAGAACUCUUUACUAAAGUAAACCUGUUUUUAUAUCUUAAUGUUUUUUGUCACUUCUUUUAUAAUUAGAUUCUCCACCAGACCGGUUUGCCAUUGUCGUAACGGUUCAGUAACAUUGACUUUUUUAUUAAGUCAUUUUUUUUUUGCUGGUACAUUUUCUGUCUCUCCCUUUUCUGUACAUGCUCCGCAGCUGUGGGCAAGUGUUUUACAUGCUUAAUUUGUAGCCAGUACCAUUUGCAGUUGUGUAAUGGCGGCAGUUGUACAUUUCUUGGAAGUUCAAUGUUUGAAUCCUACCUUCAUCUGGUUUGUAAAGAAUAAAAGUUUCUCUUCCAUUUUUCA